CCAAUUAUUUUACCCAUCUUAUUAUAUAUAUCAUAUAUGUAUGUAGAGUCUCCCAUCCAAAGUAGAAACUAGAAGCUACAAAACCAAGAAUACAUCCCUUUUUUCUCUCUCAAAAUAUCUUUCUGAAGAAGGCAUAGCAACAAUGUACCAAGCACUUCCCUACAAGACAUGGCACGCAACAAAUUUAUUCCCUGCAUCACCACCCUUGAACAACCUUUUUACAAGCUCAUCGAAUCGAACUGUGGCAAAGAGAAGAGAUAAUACCAACAUGAAAAAUUUAGUUGAUGAGAAUGCAGUGAUAAUAUUUGGAAGACGUGGUUGUUGCAUGAGCCAUGUAGUCAGGCGUUUGCUCCUUGGCCUUGGAGUCAACCCUACUGUAUAUGAUGUUGAUGAGCAAGACGAGCAAUCGGUCUUCGAUGAACUCAAUAAAAUGAGCCCCACAGGUAACGGCGUCAACAACUGUCCGGUGACUUUUCCGACGGUGUUUAUUGGUGGCCGGUGGUUUGGGGAUUUGGAUAGGAUUAUAGCUACACAUAUUACCGGCGAGCUGACUCCAAUUCUUAAAGAUGCAGGUGCCUUGUGGCUCUGAAUAAGAAUCCCUUUUUUUUUGUCUUUUUUUCAUUUUCGGUGUUCUCAACAUAAAUUUUUAGGGUCUAUCUUCUACUUCUCUUCUAAUUAGAGUUUAUUAUAGAAAUCUAUCUCGGAAAUCUCAAUUAGGGACAAUCCAAAGAGAUUACAAAAGUAAACCUUUGAUAAAUACUGAUGUAAUCUUAUAAUUCUGGUCUCACA